AUGGAGACAAUCUCGAUUGAGACCUUAUUGGACGAGUCAGACAUUUUGUUCAUUCAGACGUCAUCUGGAGAGUACCACGAGCCCGAUAAUGGCAUUGAAGAGAAUACAGAGCAGUCUGCCUACGAGGAAAACACUCAACAGAAGAUGAACGCAGUCCGCAGUGUUAUCUUCAUGGUUGGUGACCAUCCAGACUUGGAGGACGAGCUUAUGUUGCCUCCAGAGCAAAAUCCGUCAGCAACUAAGAUUGGAAAGGAGACAUCGAUGAAUCAGACUUCUAUCUUCUUUUUUUUUAAUGAUGAGGAGCUCUAA